AUCCACUCCUUCGCCCCUCGUGAACUCGUCGUCAUUGCAACGGGAAGAGAGCAACGUUCCAUCUUCCCGCACCUCUAUCUAUCGCAACACUGUCCGCCUUCCUACAAAUCAUCUCUCUACGUCUUUUCAGGUUUUCCACAAUGAACCAUACUCUCAUGGCAAUCUUUUUCGUCUUAGCCUUGAGCACCUCUUGUCAGGCCUUCAAGAUCAUCUCCCCUGCCUAUGAAAUGGGUUGGGCGUCGAGAGGCAGACACUUGAUCCAUUGGGAGGGCUACUCUUCCAGUCAGACAAUUGACAUGUCCCUUACCUACCCCGAUUCCACCACCCAAAACAUCUUCAGCCGCGUUCCCGCCGACCAAGGCGUUGCAGUCUAUACUUCUCCCAACCGCCUUCCCCCCGGAAACUACAGCAUCUUCUUCAGCGUCUUUUCAGAUGGAGAAGUCAAUAUGAUUUCUUCAGAGUUUUCGGUAUGGAAUGACACAGAGCCGGUGUUGGAUGAUAAUGUGAUGUGGAUUAUUUCUCGGGUGAGCGGGAAGAAGUCUGGUGGAUGGCAUUGGCCUUGGGAGAGCUCUGCUGCUUCAGUCAGCAAGCAUAUGGCCAUCCCACUUGUAGUCUCCUGUGCGGGACUAGCGUUAGGUCGGCUUGCCAUCCUGUAAAGGCCGCACGAGAAGACAGAGGAUUGGAAUGACCUCAUACAAGGAGUCAGAAAACCUAUACACGGAUCUAGAGAGCUCUCUACACAGGAGAAGAUGCCUCAGUACACGAUGCAUGC